AUCUCGAAAAUUCUCAAUUAACAAAUUCUUCAAAACGAAUUAAAUGGAUACCAGCAGAUAACGAAACAUUAGAUAAUUAUUUCGCUAAGCCAUUGAAUAAUGAUCAACAAAAAAAACUUAAUCAUCUUUUAUUGCGUGCAACUAUUUCAUGUGGAUUUGCAUUUCAUUGGAUUGAAAAUCCCGAAGUUAAAGCUCUUUUUAAGUAUAUUAAUCCUUCAAUUGAACUUCCAAGACGAUCA